AUGAUCACUGCUGCAGCUCUGCACAUGUCCAAUGUUCUAAGACCAGACACCGACAAGUCGCUGGUGACACCAAGCCACGCUCAUAACUGGCAUCCAUCUCGGAGAGCUAUGUUUGAUGCAUUGGCAGCCAAGCAAAAGGCAUUGUAUCUUCUCCGCAUGGCAUUUGAAGACCUGGACACUCACGGACACGACAUGGUUUUGACAGCUGCCAUGCUUCUUGUUACCGCGGAUAUGAUCGACUCGGGGAAACAUGGCUCCAAGGCACAUCUAGAUGGAAUCGGCUGGUUGCUAAGCUAUGCCCAGCCGGCUACUAGCGUGGGCGAGAUGCUCAAGGACUUUGUCAUAUCAGAUUGCUACAUCUUUUAUGUAUUUGCUUUGACAUUCAUGGACCAGAUCCCACAAUCUUCCCUCGCUCUCAACACAACAAUCGCGUCAUCUGCUAUUCACUAUGCCGCCCGGAACAGCUUUAUUUGCUGUCCUGCUGAGAUCCUCCAGAUUCUGUGGUCCACUGCGAUAAUCUUGCAAAGGCAGACAGCCAACAGCGUUGAUGUAGAUGGAACGGCUGCAAGAGGCCUUGAAUUAUUUAUGGAAGCCAUGACAUUCAACGUCGAAACGUGGUCUCAGGAUAUCCAGCAAGUACCUCUUGGUCGUCAGGUAACAGAUAUCUCAAGUCGGAUACACACGGGAUAUACGCAUCAGAUGGCAUGCUGCUUAUACAUCAUGUACGCAAUUCCGUCUGUCAAGAGCUUCUUACCGGAAAAUACGGAGCAUGAUCUCGAACACAGUCUGAUCUUCCAUCUCCGCCAUAUCACUGACGAGGACCCCAACUUCAAGACAUCCUUUUGGCCAACUUUCAUUGCUGGAGCUCAAACAAGUGACUCUGAUGAGCAAGCGUGGAUAAUGGAUAGAAUGAAAAGACAGUCACGUCUUUUUCCAUGGGGCUUUUUGUAUACGGCAAUGGAAACACUUGAGCUUAUCUGGAGACAGCGGGCCAAUGCUCCCGAUGGGCUGAAUUGGCUGGAGAUUCUAAGAAGUCCCGAAGUUAGCUUUCUAAUUGUGUAG